AGAAGAAGAAGAAGAAGAAGAAGAAGAAGAAGAAGAAGAAGGAGGAGGAGGAGGAGGCCACGCAGCAGGGAUGAGUGGAUGCCGUUUCUACGGCGGUUGCCGUGGCCAGCGGAGUGACGUGCGUGUGCACAUGCCGGUCCGUAUGCUGUGUGGUAGGAGACAGAACGGUCGCAGCCCCCUCUUCACUCUCAUCAUACUAUUCCCAACAUGAACUUUCACGGUCCUCCAUCCACUCACUGAGUCACUGCGAGCAAGCUAUGAAGUUUUCAUUGCAAAUUCACAACAAGAACAUCAGCCGGGCUCUAGUCUCGUCUCGUCUAAUCCUGAAGCUCUUCUGAGAGACCGAUCCAGGAGAGGAGGACCGUUAUGGAUUAUAAGUGUAGUGAGAUGUUCUCCUGUUGUGAAUGAUUCAUCAUCUGAGCCUCAGCUCUGAAACGCAUCCAAGCCUGGAAGCAAAGUUCAGUCUUUACAGCAAGAAUAAAGGUUCGUCCCUGACACACUGGCAGCUGGACAAGUGGCUUGAGAAGGUUCAUAAAACUCAACAGUCAGAUCACGACCCAGGAGGUCACGGCUCUGGUGCAGGCUUCGACUCUGAAAGAGGACCAUCUCCAGGAAGAUACUGGGACAGAGAUUCAGGCCUUGGAAGAAGAGGAAGCUACAGCCCAAACCAGAGCCCUGAACCCAGCCCGAAACUGACAAACUGCCCUUCCACAGCAUCAUUCCAAACACAACCCAGCUCACAAAGAGACUCCACAAAAACAUCCCGCUAGUGCUGGUCCUACUAGCUCCAGGUCCAACUUCAGCCCCAAAACAAAGGCUAGGAACUUGUCUACCACUAACUGUAACACUGAGCAUAGACACAGUGAUCAUAAGAGCAAAUUGAGUCACAGUUUAAAUUCCAAACCGAAGCCUAGCCCCACACCCAAAUUUAAGGUUGUGACUGAGACAAAAUCGGUCCAGAGUUCUAGCUCUAGGCCAUCACCUUGGCCUGCUCCAGAGAUUGCAGCUAGGUCCCACUCAAAACCUCAAAACUCAAGACAGCACCAGCAUAAAACCAGACACAAAAUCCAGAGAGGAAGUUCCCAGCACUAGAACUUCUCAGAAGGAUCAAAAUCCAAGGGGUCAAGAGCCAGAUUCGCAUAGCCGAGGUAAGGCCCAAGGAAGAGCCCUGGUCCAAAUUACAGAAACUCAAAGUCACAGGAGACUGGCGGAGGAGCAGCUAAUAAGGCAACGUUGGGUCCGAAGUUCUGAGGAAGAGGAGGAGGAAGAGGACAGGAGAAAAGAGAAAGGAGAAAGAGAAAAGAAAAGGAGGAGGAGGAGGAGGAAGGAGCACAAUGCUGAAUGGCAGGCGGUAUAGCCUAAGCAGAGACCCCACACCAACAGUCAGCAUCAGCUGUGAACUGAAUGCACUGGGCCUGAGCAGGAGGUCAAGAAGUGGAAGAAGAGGAGGAGAAGCAGUGAAGAACACUCCUCCAAUCCUGGAGUUGUAGACUCCAACCCUUCUCCUCAAUUGUCCCCACCUUCGCCUACUCCUGUUGUCCAGCCAACAUGGUGGCCUUUUACCUCUUCUUCCUCUUCUUCCUCAGAAUCAGACUCUGAGCUUAGUCCACCCCCAAAUGUUGCUAAAGUUCCUGCAGACUCUACAUCCAAUCAGAGACCUGCACCAAAGCAAAGGCAUAAGGAGCAAUGUCGACCUUCGGAGUUUCAGAUCAAAUGAUGCUUCUCCAGAUGAAGGACAACAGCAUUCGGGCAGACACAAACUCCACACACUGGUGGUACAGAGAAAUCCUCUGCUGUCUCUCAUCGAUGACUGAGGAAUCUGGUAGUCAAGAUAGACCUGUCACUUCUGGCCAGAGUCCCUAACACAAUUGAGGUCCCACGCGGGGGUCUUCAUCUUCAUCAUCCUCUUCAUCUUCUGCUAAAGCUAACGAAAAGAUCCCUGUGAGACAUCAGUACUACCAAGACCAUGGACCGGCAGAUGCCAAAAGCAAACGGAAGGCUGAGAAUGGAGAGGCUCAAAGGGAAAGUAAGAGAAGCCAUGUUCACUCUGAAAAGCUCCCAGUUUCCACACACUCAGCUGACACUGAAAAGAAAGAGGCUCGGUCCAACAAGCAGAAUGAAUGCAGCAUUCAGACGAGCAACAUACAGUACAAUCCCACCAAGAGACAGAGACUCUACCGGGAAAAAAUCACAGGGAGAGAAUUUAUACCUUGUGAGGUGGAAGAACUUUUCAUCAGAUGAUGACACCUGGGAGCCCAAAGCUCACCUGGAGGAUUGUAGAGAGGUGCUGCUGGCUUAUGAGAGGUCUCUGGCUGAGAAGAAACUUAAGAAAGACCCCAGUAUGAAGCUGACUAUGAAGAGUGAACUGUUUGAUGCAAACUCUGAGAGUGACAGCGAUAAAGAUAAAUUAAAAGAAUCCCCUAGUAAGAAAAAGAAAAAACACACAGAGGAAUCUGAGGAUAAGAAGUCUGAAAAGGACAAGAAGAAAAAGAAGGAGAAAUGGAAGGAGGACCAACCAUUGCCUGCUCCUGAGUCUGAUGAAGAAGAGGAAAGAGUCCCUACACUACCACCUACUAAGAAAGAUAAGCCCACAGAUUCCCAGAAGCGAGCUAUUAAAAAGGAAGAGGAUGAGAACGACGACGCUCCUGCAAAGAAACGCAAAAAAGAAAUCAAAGUUAAAGACGGAGGGAAGCAAAAGAAAGAAAUCGUUGAAGAAAGGAAGAAAGAAAAGGCAAAGUCAGAAAAAGAGAUUGAGUCCUCGGGUGAUGAGACAGACAAGAGUGAUGCACCGUCCGAAUUAUACGCCGAUGACACUUCUUCGACAGGAAACCUCCACGUCACAGCAAAACCUACAACUGCCAAAACCACAGAGAAGUCCUCUCGGAGUGAAAGUGGGAGUGAUCAUUCCAAGGCAAACCAGAAGAAGAACAAAUCUGAACUGAAGCUGCAAGGUUUCAAAGACUUGGUUCAGGACAUGAACCCCAAAAAGACAGACAGUUCUGCUCUGCUGCUCAGAGAGAGUGGUCUAAACAAGUCGAAGAGCCUGACUAGCAGUAAGAGCAGCAGCAAGUCAUCGCGCAGUGAGGAUGAGCCUGACUUCAGCGAUGCCGGGGCUACAGCAAAGGCAAAAAGCAAGCCUAAAGGUCUGGACUCGAACUCUGCUCCUCAAAAGGAUUUGUCUGGAUCUUCAUCCUCUACGGUUUUAGCCGCUCCCAGCAAGCCGAGAGAGGAGGAACGGCCGAAGGAGCAAAAGGAAGAAACUGUAGAGAAGGGUGCUGCACCUAAUAAUCUCUUUGAGAAGUUUUUGCUCAACUGUGAGGCCAAGGAUCGUGUGCCCAGGAAACAGGCAGCUCACACACCAAAGAGUUCAGUAAAGCCUGACAAAAAAGCGAGAGAGGAAUCUCCAGUGCAGAAGACUGAGUUUGAUCAGGUAAAGGAGGGCACUAUUGCCAUGGAGGCAGAUGAGAGACGAGAAAAGAGCGCACAGGAGUCAGAAAAGAGUGACCGGUCAAAUGAACCAGUGGCCGAGAUGAAGGAGGAUGUACAGCGUGAGCAGAAAGAAGAGCAACGAAGAAGGAAAGAAAGACUUGAGGAGGAGGAGGAGAAAAAGAGGAAGGAGAAGCUUUAGGAGUCUCAGAGAGAACGAAAGGGGAAAAUGGAAGAGGCACAGAAAGAGAGACAGAGACUGGCAGAGGAUGUCCGAUUAGAUCGGUCGGACAGGAGACCCGCAGUGGAGGCUAUGGCAUCUACUGAGUCGACCGAAGACUUGAGUUGGAAGGAGAGAAGAAGGAAAAGGACGGAAGACAGCGAGUCUCGCCUCCUUGUCACUUGCGAUGACAAUCAGGACUCUCAAGACUCCUGGAACUCUCUGACAAAACUCCUGUACAUUGUGUACAAUCUCGGAGUUGAGCUGAAUCUAGACUGGAUGACACUGGAAGACUUUCAAAAAAAACUCGAAUGGAGAGGAUGAAAAUCCAUCCUUAACUCCCACUGAGCUGCGGGAUGCUGUAAAAAAUGGGAAUCAUAUGGCUGUGAAACGUGCACUCGGUUCCAAAGAAGACUAUAACCUGGACCAGCAGGCUGUUGACCUCAUUUUUGGCCCAGUGGAGGAGGACAGUGAUGAGGCAGACCAUGCAGAAGAGGAGGAGGAGGAGGAAGUGUCAGAGGAAGAAAAUAUCACUGAAAAUGAUGAGUUUGUUCCAACUGACGAGGAGGAACCAAGUGACGAAGAGGAGCCUCCUGAAACUGGAGAUGUUUUCCAAUCCAAAAAUGGAAAUAUUCUCUGGUCCUCCAUUCCUCCAAGCAACCGACGCAAUAUUUUGGGGGCAGCACAGGAGAGGAGCCCCAGAGGGCCAACAAAGUAUGCUAUCACUCUUGCUGUUAGCAUAAAGUCAACCUUUGAGUUGUUUAUAUCAGAGGAAAUUCAAAAGAUAGUGCUAGUAAUGACUAAGGAGGGAUGUCGUGUGUAUGGUGACAGCUGGAGGAAAUGAGAUAAAAUAGAUUUACAGGGAUAUCUAGGACUUUUAAUUCUUGGUGGGGUCUACAGGUCCAGUAAAGAGGUUUACAUCCAGCCUAUGGCAUGCUCAGACUGGGAGGGCAAACUGGCUGCCAUUCGACAGGUCUGGGAUAAGUGGGUGUGUCGCCUGCAGCGCAUGUAUAAUCUUGGCACUGAUGUGAAAAUGGAUAAGUGCCUGGUCCCUUUCAAAGGGCGAUGUGGAUUCAAACAGUAUUCAGAUGUGGCCUUUAACCUUCCUAUUUUGCCUGCGUGGACAGAGCGGGGAGAGCAGCAACUAGAAAAUAAAAUAGACCCCCCGUAUAACAGCAGAACCAUUCAUCAUGCACAGUAUUAAAUAUGCUCACUGAUGCGAAUGGGAAUUUAAAGGGUUGGAUAAUAUGGAUGUCGUAACCGGAUUGGUGCGCAACAUGAACAGCUGAUUAUCAGCUGAUGCAUGCUUGACGACAUGGCCUGCCUGAACUAACGCAAUGCUUAAUUUUUCUAAAAAAGGAAACCAAUUAGUUGUUCGUUUUAAGAGACCCGUCUUAUUUUCUCUUGUAUAUGUAACCUUCCUAUCUUCCCUGGGUCUUUUUGACCUGGCUGGAAGGUUUUAAUGUGUCAUAACUUGGGUUUUCUUCCACAUAUUUGCCUGAAAUGUACCAGGAUUGUUCCAAAUUAUGGACUUUGCAAGUAAAAUUAAUUUUGUCUAUUUUCGUUGAACAAUGUGUUUGUGAAAUAAAUACUUUGCGUUUUGGAUCCGCUUGGGUCAUUUUGACCCGGCCACAUUUAGUGGGGCAAUAGGUCACACAGGUUUUAUUAUUUGCUGACAUUAAAAAUGGUCAAAAUGGUUUCAAAGCAAUCUCCUGCCCUUGAAAUAUACCAGUCUGUAAUUGUGCAUCAACUUCUGUGUCUCUAAAGUGAAAAUAAUUCAAAAUUUCUGUUUUUUU